AUGGAUUCAUCUCUGAGGGACCAUAACCUUCUGAGUAAAAUCGCUAGCACUUUCCCCUCGAGGGAUAACUGUGAUCAAGCAGAUUCCCUCAGGGAGCAACUUAAAGAAAUGGAUGAGCACGUUGCUAGACUUGAUGACAUGCUGAAGAGUGAAAGGGUCAAAAACACCCGUUUGCAGCAGAGGGUCAACCAAUAUGAAGCAGAGCUGAAACAGAGAGAGAAGCGAAUCAACAGAAUGAAAGAGCAAUUUACUCAAUUGUUGGACAGAGUAAAAGAGAAAGGAGUCAAAGGACCCUCCAUUGAGGUUCUGAACUUUCCACCUGGGGCUCGAGGCAAAACUGCAGCGUCAAUCAAGUCAUCCCGGUCCAAUGCAAAGCAAGAGGAGGCUGCGCUGCGUCUGAUGCUGGAGCGCCGAGAAGCGGAACUACAGGAGGCCAUGAAGCUCCGACAUAGCCUCACUACCUUAUUACAUGCUGUUCGAAUUGACAUGGAAGAAGUAAGGAAUGGGACAAGUGGGCGGCACCAUUGGAUGCUCAAUGUUGUCCAAAGAUCUCCAAAUACGGAGCAAAGAUUUGAUGAAGCUGAGGCAGCACUUGGUAACCAUGUAACAGGUGGCGUUGUUCAGAGUUGGAGACUCAUCCAACGAAGGCUGGUUGACCUUCGGAGCGAAGAAUAUGUAGGCGAUGGCACUGACCAUGAUAAAAUCUUGGCUCAGCUCGAAACGGAACUGAAAGAGAGUCAACAAAUUGUCAAACUACAACAGCAAAUACUGCAGGACAAACUUGUGUCACCCAUUCCCUCUGAGCUGACUGAUUCUUACUUUUUGGAAGAGUGGGAGCGUCUCCAAAUGCGUUGGGCAGACCUCCAAAAUCAGAAACGGACUUUCGAAAGGGAGAGGAAGUCCUUCACUGAUGCGGCCAUUCGAUUAGGUCGGGAGCGUCGUGACUUUGAAAAUCUGAAAGGUUGUCUUUUAAAGCAGCAAUAUUUACACGAGUCUUAUUUCCGUAAUGAAAGAGCAGCAAGAUACAACACUGACUGCACCCUUCUCAGUCCAGGAUCCAGCAGCAUAUUUGGUUGCCCUUCUACUGAUUCCAGCCCGGUGACUGUUUCAGGGUGGGUAGAGUACAGCAUCAAGGUCAUUUUGCUGGAACAUGGAGAGCUGGAGUUUGGAGAUGAGGUCAACACUAAAGAUGUGAUGGAAGCUGUCUGGAAAAUAGGGCAGGAGCUUCGGCCCAUGAAAAAAUAUUACUGA